AUGUCAGCGAAUGAUGUGUUAGAUGUACUUGAUAUUCAAAGGGACGAUAAAGGUCCUGCUAAAAAGCGUCAGAAGUUGGCUUCCCCCGCAGUCGAUGCCAAUCAAAAACCAUUAACUGGAAUGGCUCGUGAACUUUAUAAUCUCAUGGGGCCAAACACAGCACCUAUUAGCGUGACCCCCUCAAAUACUAAGGAGAAGAGGAAGUUUAAACCCAGUCCAUGGACUAGAAUAAGUUUCAAACCCAAAGAGCUGGAUGUUGAGUUUCGACAUUGGGUCAAAGGGUCAGAGAGUUUACUUACUCAGGAAGACCAGCUACUGAAACCAUAUUUCUUCGAUAAAUUCAAUGUCGAAGUCGAGAUUCCAGAACUAGUUGAGGAAUCAGUUUAUGAAGAACUUAUGAGGAUUGAUGCUGAAAAGGAAAGUAAAGAAGUGGAGUCGAGAAAGGAGGAGGAUAAGAAAGAAGAGGAGAAUAAAAAAGAGGUAGAGAAUAAGAAAAAAGAGGAGAAUAAGAAAGAGGUAGAGAAUAAGAGAAAAGAGGAGAAUAAGAAAGAGGAAGAGAAUACAAAAGAAGAAGUGAAUACGAAAGAAGAAGUGAAUACAAAAGAAGGAGAGACUAGAAAGGAAGAGGAGGAAAAGAAGAAAGAGGUGAAUAAGAAAGAAGAAGAGACUAAGAAAAAUGAAGAGAAUAAGAAAGAGGAAGAGAAUACAAAAGAAGAGGAGAAUACAAAAGAAGGAGAGACUAAAAAGGAAGAGGAGGAAAAGGAGAAAGAGGAGACAAAAGAAGAACAGGAGAGUAAAAAGAAAGAGAAUGAUGAAGCAAAAGAGACUCCAGCCGAAAAGAAUGAGAACUCAGAGUUGAAAUCUUCGAAAGACACAGAUACUCAAGCUUCUUCUACAGAAAAUCCCACUGAUAAAAAUCUGCAAACAAAUUCAUUGCAAACAGAAUCAAAUACAACGAAAUUGACAAAACCGUGGACAUACACAGAAACAAAAGAGCUAUUUGACCUCUGUCGAACAUUUGAACUAAAAUGGCCAAUAGUCUAUGACCGUUUCCUGUCUACUGGUCGCAGCUUAGAAGAUUUAAAGCAACACUUUUACACUGUUUGCAGCAAAAUUUUGCAAAGAUCUGAAACUCCGAAUAAAAACCUUUUGGAUAGCUUGCAGUCUUUUUCCAAAGAGAAGGAGAUUGAGCGGAAACAAUACCUCGAAAACUUGUUACUCAGGACACCUGCAGAAAUUGCCGAAGAGGAAUCUCUCGUUAUUGAAGCCAGACGAUUUGAGUUGGCAGCUAAAAAGAUGUUGAUGGAAAGGUCAAAUUUGCUUGUAUUACUCGACUCACCGCAAUCGGCGCAUAAUGUUGCCCAAUACCAAUCUUCGCAAGGAAUCACAAAUCUUUAUAAUAACCUCAUGUUAUAUGAUAAACAACAAAAGAAGAAGCAGCUGCAAAAAGUUUCUGCACCUGAUCCGGUACCUCCCCCAAUUCCACCAGCAGCAUCAUCGUCAUUUAAACGUGAAAGAACAUUCCAGACGCUGUUACAACAAUACUUGUCGAAUAUGCUUAAACAGAACUAUCACACGACCGCUGCAAUGAAGCAAGAGGCAGGCGCUAUUCACGACCUUUUAUUGAGAAAGUUGACACAGAAAGAGGAAGAGGCGUAUGGAUUACAUUAUCAUGGAACCGAAAAGUUGACUCCCGGGGUUUCGCUUCGAUCUCAACAACGAUUACCGGGUUUGCAACAAAAACAGUCUGUGUUGAAACUGGUUAGUGCUUUGCUUCAAGAGCUCGAUAUACCAACAGGAGGUGGAAGCGCAAUGCGACCAAUAAUGCCAACACGAAAAACCAUGGCAAAGUACGACGAACUCUUGAGAGCAAUGGUGACUUUGCUUGACUUGAAGAAGGCAAGAGAUAAGCUUGAAGCAGAAAUUGGAUUGAUCAAAAGUCAGCGUGAUUUACAAUAA